AGGAGGGCAGGGUGAAGCACACUAAUAAGUAAACCAGUUAACUUGCCUGGCAUGACGUGCCAGGGCAGCCUGAAAGCAGGAGCCGAGGGAUGAUGCCAGGCAAAGCCGGGAGCCGGCUUGUCCCAGUGCAGCCUGGUGUGGCUCUUUCGGAGGAGACAGGCUGGGCCCAGGAGGAAGCUGUGGCUUUGCCCCUUGGCAGGCGAGGCUGCCCUGUUAAAAUAUUUGCUAAGGAAGAGCAAAAGCUCCACCCACCAUCAGCUACACCCAGGAGAAGAGCAGCCAAGUUAAUAGCUGGGCAGAAGCAAGGCUGGCAUGCAGGACUCUGCUGGAGCAAGGGCAGCUGCUAAGAAGGGGAGCCCCAGAAUUGCCCUCUCUGGUGCGGCUCCUCCUUUUGCAGGGAAAGGCUGGUGGGUUGGGAGGUUUUCGGCACAAGCUGUGAAUUCUGGCCCAGGAGUCAGGGUGGGCAUGAAGAGGAGGCUCCAUGGCUUGGUGCGGUAGAAGCCAGGUCCUCCCCUUGCCAACUUCAGGCUCUGGCCUUACUCACUGCAGUUGCUUUCAGACCUUUGCCACCUUCGCCUUCCUCCUCCUCCUCUACCCAUCCCCAAGCUCCUCUGCCUGCCCAGCUGUUUGCAGCUGUACCUCUGGGGAAAUCAACUGCAUGGAGCACAAGCUGCGCUGGGUGCCUGAAGAUCUUCCAGCCAAUGCCACCACUGUCCUGCUGGACUACAACCGCAUUGCUACCCUCCAGAACCGCACCUUUGUCAUCCAGGGCGCCCUGCGCCACCUCAGCCUUCGGAGCAACAUCCUCGGGGUCAUCCACCCCCAGGCCCUGGCUGGCCUCAGUGAGCUGCGGGAACUGGACCUGAGUGGGAACUACCUGACUGUCCUGCAACCCAAUACUUUCCUCCCCGUGCCGAGGCUGAGGAUGCUGAACCUGGGGAACAACAAGCUCUUGACACUGGAGCCAGAGCUGCUCAGGUCUUUGCCCCACCUCGAGUCUCUGUCUCUGCAGGGCAAUGCGCUCGUCUCGCUCUCGCCCGACCUCUUCAGCAACCUGCCUUACUUGCAUUUCCUCAGGCUGCACAACAACCCCUGGGGGUGCACCUGUGCCAUCCAGCCCCUCUACCAGUGGCUCACUGACAACGUGGAGAAAGUCCCAGAGGUGGACUCUGUCUCUUGCAAACGCCCCACACAGCUCACCCAACAUCCCAUCGCUGCCAUUGGAAACGAGUCCUUUGCUCACUGCUGGGAGCCCUGGCUGCAAGUAAAAGAUUAUGCUUUCUUCCUGCUCAUUGGCCCGUCUACCUUCUUAGCCAGCAUCUGCGUCUGCAUCCUCUUCGGCUCGCUAGCAGUGGCCCAAGCAAAGAUCCUCAAGGUGUCGUCCAUCCGGCCAGGCGCCCUGGCAAGGCGUGCAGAGCGCAGUCCUCGCUAG